CUAAUUCUUGUUUGUUUGUUUUAGUUUCCGUUUGCAAACAGCGAUAAAUAAACAAUGUACAACACUGCUGUGUUCUAUUCAGGCAGAGUGAAGGCAGCCUCUGAUUGCAAGCGAGGCCCUUGUUUUUCGAGCUGGGUGUGUUGAUAGCAGUAUUGAGGGAGGUUGUCAGUUUGCGGGAAUUUCCACUGUGCCAGCUGAUGAUGACCGAGGAGAGAAUUGCUGAAGCUGGAUUAGACGAGAGGGCAGCGCUAUCAGAGUGAGACUCAUAACCACAAGAAGAGAAACCUCGCAGUGGAUGCUGCACGGAGAAUGCGAUAUUCGUCACAGAAUUUAGCUUCCAAGGAGUGCCAAGCAGACCGGCAGCUAUACAGACUGGGUUACGGUACUGAAAACUUGUUAGUGUGGAAAAAAAUAAAUAAAACGGGAUCUAAAAAUUUAGGACGAGUUCAUUCAACAGGUACGAAGACAUAAGAAUCAGCAGUCUGGUUUGUGAUGGAGUCGGGGACCGUGGUGCGCGCUCUGUUCCAGUUCCGCCCCAGCGUCUGCGAGGAGCUGCCACUCUUCCCCGGUGAUGUCAUCGAAGUGCUCGGAGUGGUGGAUGAUUUCUGGCUGCUUGGAAGCAAAGGCGGAGUCACAGGGCAGUUUCCCAGCACGUUCGUGGAGGCCGUUACCAUUCCCAGCACAAAACAGGGCGAGAAACUCUACGUCUGCAUCAGUGACUUCAAUGCACUAGAUGUUGGCAAUCUUCCCAUUAAAACAGGUGAUGUGGUAGUUGUUGAUGGUUCUGUGGACAGUAAUUGGCUGAAAGGGAGAAGCAGCUGGGGGUCCAAGGGGAUAUUCCCUUUAUCCUGUGUCAGAGAGCUUCAUCUCUCCUCCAGGUCCCGCAAAAUGUCCAAGAGGUCCGUAUCGGAGCUCCCGAGUUACGCCUUGGGCCAAGCCAGAGCCUUGCUGGGCCUGUCCGCUCAGUUAGAGGAAGAACUGGACUUUGUUGAAGGGGAUAUCAUAACAAUAAUUGGAAUUCCUGAACCAGGCUGGUUCGAGGGAGAACUUGAGGGGAGGAGAGGGAUAUUUCCAGAGGGAUUCGUGGAGCUUUUGGGUCCUUUGCAAGUUGCGGAGGACCGAGCAUGCCAAGAUGACUAUGACAACUACAGCGAAAGCGAUGUGACCACUGAAGUAUCACUGGGCCCAGAGGAAGGUGCAGGAGUUUAUGGAGUGGCUCUCUAUCACUUUAAGUCCAUGGAACCAGAGGAAUUGGAUUUUGAUGUAGGAGAUAGAAUACAGAUAGUCCGCACUUUGGAAGACGGCUGGUUGGAAGGCAAGGUCAAUGGCCGUAGAGGAAUAUUUCCCCAUAGGUUUGUAAAGAUUGAAGUAGGAGACAUAGAGCAGGGACAUGGAGAACCCAGCAGCAGAAACAAAGGUGAUUAUGAAAUGUAUUAUAACAAUAAUAAUGUGUAUCACUGGAGCGGGCAGGAAGAGCAUACCCAUUUACGAGAUGUGGAUUUCUUCAAUGGACAGCCUGCCCAUGAUACCAGUACUGUCAUGGCAAAACCAAAACCUGUAUCCUCUAGCUCAAAAGCGGGUCAUGAAUUUCGUGGAAACCAGACACAAAGCAGUUCUGAGAUUAGUGGUAUAGAUAAGGGUGCUUUGGGCACAAAAUACAGUAGAGAAGAAACUGCCACUGACAGUUACAAAGAAAACUCAAGAACAAGUCUGAUUAGUCUUGUCUCUUCAAAACCUGUACUUCCUCCCAGACCAAGUCUCCAUUCUUUAAGUAAUAGAUUGUACUGCAAUGUAUCAGAUGUCUCAACAGGCCACACAGCUGACAAUACUGACACAGAGGUUCCGCCAACACCAGCUACCAGAACACUAAGCUUAGCAACAAACAAUGGAAGCAGAGAUUCAAAGGCUGAGAUGCACAGUUUGCAUUGCAGUUGGUCUAAAGACUGUGAACACCCCUCAGAUGGAAAGAAUACAGUUUUCCAAGAUUUGGCCAGUUUGGUUGAGCAUCCAAAACAGAAGAAGAAACCUCGUUUCGCCAGUGUGGGUGAUGAUGAUCUGUUACCUUGCAGAGGAAGCCACGAUCCGACAGCAGGUUCAGGAAAAACAGAAUCCAAUGGCUUACCCGGAUCGAUAACUUUGGAUAGCUUUGCAAAUUCAGCAGCAGACUUGGAUUCAAAACUCUCAGAACAGCUUGCCCAAUUUGAAAAAAGUUUACCAGGUGCUAUACACAAGGAAAUAUCCAGGCAUUUUUCCAUCCUGGACUACAGCAGUGAAAAUGAUAUCAUGCGGGGUUCCCCCAACUCCCUGGAUCAGCAGGAAGCCACUUCUUCAUUGGAGAGAAGAAAAGCAUUGAGACCUCCACCUCCCAGACCUCGCAUUCUCAAAUCCGCGGUGGCACAAGCAGCUGCAGCCGAUUCAGAGGAUGAGCCGCGUGCUCCUGGUGAAAGUGGACCUUCUCGGUCUUCCUUCUCCUUCAAACCAUCCAGGCCAGCACCUCUGCCUCCGCAGCUAACGUCCAGGAGGGAUGCUGCAUCUCCAAAGCCACCACAGCAAACGAACGUUUACCAGAACACUGGUUGUGACAACAGAGACGCUUUUUCGGAGAAUGAAGAGCUUCAGAAUCAAUGCGAGCAUGGCCUCGUGGAGACUGAGCAGGAUCACUAUUCACUGCUCCUCAGGCUGCAGGAGGUGGAAAGAGACAUUGAGAUCUACACCAAGACCACGGAUGAGCUCAGACUGAUGCUUGAUGAGCAGGAUGAUGAAACCAUCAAAGCACAAACUCUGGAGAACCUGGGGUUUUGUGCCUAUAACAUUGAAACACUUACCAAGGAGCUGCAGCAGCUGAGAGAGAUGACUCUGCUCACAGCAGACCCUGCUUCCCUGGAGUCGACGCCUGUUACAGCCCCCAGCGCCAGUCCCGAGCAGAGGAUGAUGGAAAAGAGGUCCAAAGUGAUUGAAGAACUCCUGCAGACAGAAAAGGAUUACAUCAAAGACAUGCAAAUGUGUGUCCAAGAAAUAAUCCAUCCACUGCAAAGAAAACAGGUGCAGAACAUUGACUUUGAUGGUCUCUUUGGCAAUGUUCAGAUGGUGAUUGAUCUCUCAACACGUUUGCUUAAAGAUCUGCAGGACACAGAGUCAAUAGGAAGAGUAUUUGUGGAAUAUAAGACCGAGCUGGAAGAGGUGUAUAAAAUCUACUGUCAGAACCAUGAUGAUGCUAUUGCUCUUCUGGAGGCAUAUGAGAAAGAUGAGAGCAUCCAGAAUCACAUUCUAGAAUGUCUGGAGAAGCUCAGGGCAGUGUAUCGUGAGUGGGGUAAGACGAACUACAUCAACCUGGGUUCGUUCGUGAUCAAGCCGGUGCAGAGAGUGAUGCGCUACCCGCUGCUGCUGAUGGAGCUCCUGAGCACCACGGCAGAGUCGCACCCAGACAAGAGGCUGCUCGCCGAGGCCGUGGCCUGCGUCAAGGAGAUCAACGUCAACAUCAACGAGUACAAGCGCAGGAAAGACCUGGUUGUGAAGUACAGAAAAGGGGAGGAGGCGACUCUGAUUGAUAAGAUCUCCAAGCUCAGCAUGCACUCCAUCGUGAAGAAGACCAACCGAGUCAGCAGCCACCUCAAGCACCUGACAGGCUUUUCACCACAGAUCAAAGAUGAGGUAUUUGAUGAGGUGGACAAGAGAUUCCGGAUGCAGGAGAGAUUGAUCAAGUCCUUUAUCAGAGAUCUCUCUCUAUAUCUGCAGCACAUCAGGGAGUCCGCGUCCGUGAAGGUUUUGUCCGCUAUAAGUUUCUCUGACAUUUACUCGGAGAGGACUCAGACAGAUCUGGAAAGUUUCCAAAAGGCACACAGAUGUAUCAGUGACCAACGUUUCACCGGUUUUAAAGAAAGGACCGAGAGCCUGGUCAUCGCACCCCUGAAUCAGCUGCUGACAAUGUUUGCAGGCCCUCACAAGCUGAUCCAAAAGCGCUUUGAUAAGCUGCUGGAUUACAACAACUGCAAGGAGAGGGCGGACAAGAUGAAGGACAAGAAGACUGUGGAGGAGCUCCAGUCCACGCGGAACAACUACGAAGCCUUGACCGCUCAGCUCCUGGAUGAGCUUCCCAAGUUCCACUGCGGUGCCCAGGAGCUCUUUACCAGCUGUGUGUGCAGCUUCGCAAUGGCACACAAGGAGUUUGUCCGAGUAACCCUGGGGGAACUCAAACCGCUCCUGCAGCUCUCCGGGGUGAUUAGUACAGAUGGGAACAUCAUUUCUCUUUUCCAAGAGCAGCACAGCCGAGUGCUCCAACAGUUGCAGUGUUUUAGCUUUUUCCCUGAGAGCCUUCCCACAGCGAGGAAAGCUUUUGAAAGGAAGAACUUGGAGCCUCAGUCCUCCAGGAAACAGCUUUUAGGGCCGCCUAACUAUGUGCUGCAGACAGAGGAGCACCGUGCAGCCCUGCUGUCCCGGUACCCCCCGGAGCAGCUCUGCCAGGCUGAGCGGAACUUCAACGCAGCUCAGGACCUCGAUGUGUCUGUGUUAGAGGGGGACAUCGUUGGUGUUAUUAAGCAGCAGGAUCCCAUGGGCAGUCAGAACCGCUGGCUCAUAGACAAUGGAGUGACGAAGGGAUUUGUCUACAGCUCAUUCCUUAAGCCUUACAAUCCCAGAAGAAGCCAGUCCGAUGUUUCGAUAGGAAGCCACUCCUCCAAUGAAUCUGGAUACGGGGGUUCCUCUCCAGUCUUCUCACGGCAGAAUAGCAACAGCACAUUAACUUUCAGCUCCGACGCUACGUCUGUAACGUUCUCCACCCUGCAGUCCCAGAAACCCUGCCAGGACUCCGGCACUUCAUCCCGGUCAAAUCCACCCGAGGGCUGUUCUUCCAAGCGCUGCAAUAAUAGAGAGACCACACUGCCGCUGUGGACCCAGAGUAAUCACAAGGACCUGUCGGACUCUGCUUCCGAAACAGACUCCUGCUCCUCGCUGAAGAGUACCCGGACUGACUUUGCACCGAGAAGCAGUCAGAUGGAAAUGUUCAGUCAAUCGGAUGUGGCCUUUGGCUCUGUGAUGAGGAGAAAUGGAGACACUGGGCUGAGAACUGUGUCCUUUCCUUCAGACACGACUCCUCCGGAAAAGGGGAGUGAUACAGACGGAAAUCAGAUUUACUACGCCAUCUACUCCUUUGAUGCACGCUGUGCAAACGAGCUGUCUAUUCGUGCUCACCAGCGUGUGAAGAUCAUUGAAUUUCAUGACAUGAACGGGAAUAAGGAGUGGUGGCUGGGAGAGGUGGAGGGGAGGAGAGGGUAUGUACCUUCCAACUACAUCAGGAAGACAGAGUACACUUGAAGCAACUCUGGAAGCAGGUGGCAAAUAAAUAGAACUGGUGCCUUAUUUAUUAAGAGGAUCCCUUUGGAGUUGGAAGUGCUUUUUUUGGAAUUGUAAUGCUGCUGAUAUGUACAAAAUACAUGCAUCUAUAGUUUUUUAAUCUUAUUGAUUGUUUAAGCUACCCAUCUUCCUUUAUUCAUGUAGGGAUAUUUUAAAACACUGCUUUUUUCAGGGUAGAAACAGGACUAAAAUGAGACGGUGUAGAAAGGGAAUCGAUCGCCAUUGCAGAUUACCAGUGUUUUUUUGGAUGUAGAGAACAAAAAUGUGAGCAGUUGAGAUCACUUCGAAUUUUUUUUUAUUUUUU